ACAUAUGAAUUGUUGCCCCAUUCUAAGAAAAUGAGAAAACCUGUUCCCAAGGACAUGUGAUAUGUGAUGACAGAGUUAAGAAUUGGCUGCCAGCUGCAAUACUUGCUCUUAUAACCACUUCUCUAGACUGUUCUGGGAGGAGAGUGAAAGUCAGCUCAACUAGGUGUCCUUACUGUAUUUUGUUUCCCUCUGUCCAGCAAUCCAUGAACCUGGAACUAUUCCCUCCACCAAAAGAUCAUAAUGGCAUAGAUUCAAGCUAUCAAAAAGGAAAUAUUAAGUCAAACCUUAUUACAAGAAGUUGAUCACUUUUAGCUGUAGUUUACUGAUAGUUCUAUGCUAUGCCAUGACAUUACAUGUUGGUCAAGACCCUAGAACGAGUCUGGAGUGUCCCUAUUGUGUCCUACAUCCUGUGGUUGACAAACACUGAGAAAAUGAAAGAGUGAUGGGGUCAGUGGCCAGGGAAAGAGUGGGAACCACAUAACAGACAUAACCACAUAAGUGACUCUGUAGCUUUUUUUUCCUGUGGGAGCCAGGAAAGACUUUGGUAGAGAUGGUGUUUUUUCCUCUUUAGAGGAUGUAUGUGUGAGACACAAUCUGACUGAUCUUUUAAGAGGAUCUUGCUGACUCUGCUAGCUGGAGAAUAUACUUUAGGAGAGAAAGUGGAAGCAGCAAGAGCGGUUAGGAGCAUAUGGUAGUAAUCCAGCCACGAGAUAGUGGUAGCUUGGACUAGGUUAAAUAGACAUACGAGGCGCCUGGGAAUGGGUCACUUUGUACAAAACCUGGUUGUUGCUUUUCUCUCUUAAAAGUUGGCUUUCUUUACUUCUGGUGGCAAUUAAGAUGAUUACUGUUACUUAUUUUACAUUUUUUCCCCCAUUGCCCAUAAAUAAGAGGCUCCAGGAAUUCCCCUGAGGCAUUAAUAUUGCCUUUCUAUUGUUCCUCCAACUUUGUUGAAGACAUGCCCUUUUUGACGACCUUGUCCUGUUUUAGCACUCACUACACUACACUCUGAUGUCUACUCUGGACUCUAAGGUAUACAGACAUAUUUCUUCACCUAAGGAUCAGUUACACCUGUAAAAAUAUUGUGGCAUCAGAGACUGAACCAAUAGCUAAGGCUAUGUUUUUCUUUGAGCCAUACGAGGGAGGGUACUAUAGUGCUUUUAUCAUCACUAGAAAAGUGUCAUUCAUGUAUUAUGCUCUUUCCUUAUUAGCUCUCCUUCCUCGGGUUCAUCCCUUGCCCAUGGUGAAGGAGGGUCUUCCUCCCUCUUCUAGACUGACCUGGGUUUCAGCCUUGACUUAACCACUCAUAGACUGUGUUUCUUUGGAUGCUGCUUUCUCUAACCACCAUCCUGGACUCAUUCUUCUCUACUCUGCUGAACAUGUCCGGAUCCACACUCUGAAUCUGCUUCCAUGCAUUUCUUACAGUGACUCCAAAUCUCAAUAAUGAUUUCUGAUUACCUCUGGUCCAGUACAUAUGAAUCAACUCCAUGGCGAGGACCAAUAACGUGACUGAGUUAAUUAUCGCCGGUCUUUUCCAGGACCCAGAGGUGCAGAGAGCGUGCUUUGUGGUGUUUCUGCCCGUGUACUUGGCCACGGUGGUGGGCAACGGCCUCAUCGUCCUGACGGUUAGAGUCAGUAAGAGCCUGCGUGCCCCCAUGUACUUCUUCCUUAGCCACCUGUCGCUGGUGGAGAUCAGCUACUCCUCCACUGUUGUCCCCAAAUUCAUCACAGACUUACUUUCCGAGAUUAAGACCAUCUCCCUGGAGGGCUGUGUGGCUCAGAUAUUCUUCUUUCACUUGUUUGGAGUUGCUGAGAUCUUCCUGCUCACGGUGAUGGCCUAUGACCGCUACGUGGCCAUCUGCAAGCCCUUGCACUACACAACCGUCGUGAGCCGGCCUGUGUGCCACCGUCUGCUGGCUGCUUCCUGGCUGGGGGGCUUUCUUCACUCCAUGGUUCAGAUCGUUGUCACUCUCCAGUUACCCUUCUGUGGUCCCAACGUGAUUGACCACUACUUCUGUGACCUCCAUCCCUUGUUCAAGCUUGCCUGCACUGACACCUCUGUGGAGGGGGUCGUUGUGUUGGCCAACAGUGGAUUAUUCUCCAUCUUUUCUUUCCUCCUCUUGGUGUCCUCCUAUAUUGUCAUCCUGCUCAGCUUGAGGAACCAUUCAGCAGAGGGCAGACGCAAAGCCCUCUCCACCUGCGCCUCUCACCUCACGGUGGUCACCUUGUUCUUUGGACCCGCCAUCUUCCUCUACAUGCGGCCCGCCUCCACCUUCACUGAGGACAAGCUGGUGGCCGUGUUCUACACGGUGGUCACCCCCAUGCUGAACCCCAUCAUCUACACACUCAGAAAUGCAGAGAUGAAAAUCGCCUUGAAGAGGCUGUGGGGCAAGAAAGUUAACUCAGGGGUGGAGUAACAAUGAAAACCUUA